UUUCACCUCUCUUUCUAACACUCACUUGUUGAAACAUGCGUGGGUACUGUCCGUUUACGUCGAAAAGAGAGUGAAUUACUUCCUCUUCUUUGCGUUGUUUAGUUUAUAUAUCUUUUAAGAUUCUUGUCAUUAGGUUUUGAGUUGUGCAAGCAAAGUCGUUUAUGGAUUCUAAGGUUUCCACUAUCAAGCCAAGCUCGUUAAUGGAUUCUAGGGUUUCGAAUAUCAAGCAAAGCAAACACGCCACUGCUGUGGUUGCCGGGACGAAUGAAAAGGUAAAGUUACCAAAAGAAUUACAUAUACACGAUGAUAUUGCAUUUUCCAUUCUAUCAAAAUUGUCUAUUAAAUCUUUGAAGCGAUUUGAAUGUGUUUGCAAAUCAUGGUCCAUCUUGAUUGAUAAUCCUAAUUUCAUGAUUUCGUACCGCAAAGUUUUCUUGACAAAGGAACAUCCUGAUUGUGAUCAUACAUCUCUUCUUCUACAUGGAAAGUUCACUCCUUCAUAUCAAGAUGGAAGAUUUGAGUUGUUUUCUAUUUCUGGCGAUAGGUUUGAGAAUAAGGUCAAAUUAGAGUGGCCAACGGUCAAGUAUGAUCCGUCAAAAUCUUUAAAUUCUGUUUUUGAACAUAUGUUUGGUUAUGUUCCUAAUUUUAAUAUUUUAGGUUCAGGUAGUGUUAAUGGGAUCCUCUGUCUACUCUCGGUAUCCCUAGUGAAAAUUGUGGUACUGUGGAAUCCAUCUAUUAAUGAGUCUAAGGCCCUUCCACUUCCACCUAGUUUUGUUAAUGAUAAUCAUUUUUGUCAUAUACAUCGUGGUUUUGGUUAUGACCGUCGCACAAACGACUAUAAAGUGAUAUGUCAUGGUGAGAUAUUUGAUACGAAAGAUGUUUGGGAGAUAUAUAGUCUAAGAACUAACUCUUGGAGAAUACUCAAUCUCAGUAUGCGUCACAAGUUUAUGAACAGAGAACAAUUGUACAUGGAGGGAGGACUCUCCCAUUGGAUGUGCGAAUAUGAAACACAUGAUGGAAUAUAUAUGAUGCUGUCAUUUGACUGGAGCAAUGAAGUUUUCAUUCAGACACCUGUACCCUCAGACAUAGAUGGCAACUUUGUGCCAUUUGUAAGGAGACACUUGGUGCUAUUGAAGGGGUCUAUUGCUUUGAUCUUAAAUUUCACAGAGACGGCUACAUUUCACAUUUCAGUUUUGGGUGAACUCGGUGUAAAAGAAUCGUGGACUAAAAUGUUUAUGGUAGGACUAGGACCCAUUCCUUUCCUUAUGUAUCCCGUCGGAGCAGUAAGGAACGGUGAUAUGGUGUUCACAAAAAAAGACGAUCGACUGAUAUUGUUCAAUUUAACUACCCAAACAGUUGAGGACCUUGGUAUUAAAUCAAAGGGAUUUUGUAAAAUACUACUUCAUAGAGAAAACCUUACUCCGUUUGAAGGAAAGAGUAUUUGAUUUUAUAAUUUUACUUGUAUCCAAGUGGCUUGUCAAUUGCUUAUAAUUAUAAUCAAGAAGUAUCUUGUUUGUUUUGAAGGUUUAUAUUUGGGUAAACUUUAUAAUCUAAUGAGCAACAUGUUUCUGUUUGAACUUGAUUACUUUCUUCUUGCAAUAUAUAAUCCACUAUUUCUUUCUUUGUACCAUCAGUGAAACCUAAGUUCAAACAAACACAUUUCUCAUUUUGUGUGAUAUGUUUGCUGCAACAUGUUCUGAAUUCCGUAUGUUUGCUGCAACACCUUUUUUUUGUUUCGUGUUUAUGAGGGGAAGGUUUAUAUUUAUCUGAUUUAUUGAAAUUUGCAUUUGCUUUAUAUGUAAAUGGUAGUUAAAUCAGCAAAUAAACUUGUAAUUUAAGAAUAGGUUGAAAUGUUGGCUUCAUGUUUGAUUUAGAGUUUUCCAGUGCGACAUAAAUUUGAUUGUUUCUGAAGUUAUGUUCUAUAUGCCAAAUAUUGGGAUACAAAAAAGUGAACAAUUUAAAGUGUAUUAUUAUAUCAGCCGAUAUCAUAUUGAAAACCAGAUAUGGUUAUCACACUCUCAGUAUUACAAAAUAUCUCAUGCCGUAUGUUUUGAGGAUGCAUUUUACCAAUAAGUAUGCGAGUGGAUAGGCUAUUGAGACCAAGCUUGGAAACUACUCGGGAUGUGGCUGCAAGUGUAAAGCUGGGAAGACAGUAGUGAAGUGCUUUUUUCUUGAAGACAUUCCCGCUAUUCUUGUUCACUUGAAGAAAGAACAAAGGUAUCAUGGUAAUGUAAAAGCAGUUAUUGAUUCUCUUAGGGAAAACUGGUGUUAUGAAGCUUUGAAUUAUGAAGAGAGAUCAUCCUUGCUGGAACUUGUAUGGAAGGUUUUCAUUACUUCUGUAGAAAAUAAAAAUGGUAAUCAAACCCUUUUUUAAUCUCAAAUUUAUGCUACGGCAUUUUACAAGCAUAUAUUAAUCUAUAAUACUAUUAGUGUGUUAAAACUUAGAAGUGUCUGUAUAAAGUAGCUUGUUCUUAGUUUUUUAGCCAUGCAUUAUCUUGGGCCUGUCUAGUACAAUAAAACAAGUUAUUUAUUUGUUAUAGUUAGUUACUGAGCCUAAUUAGGGACAACAUAAUAUUUAUGCAAAUGUCACUAACUCUUAGUGAAUAUUGAGCAGAUAGAAGGAUUACUUUUUUGUGGAAUUUUGGAGGCAAUAUUAAACAGUUUUGUUAAUCCCUCUUUUUAAAUCAGAGGAUGAGGUUAUAGUCUCUUUUAACCAUUAUCUUUUACUGGUUUCUUGUGCAUAGGGUAGUUUUUAUAAUGGCAAUUUUUAAGGAUGUCAGUGUGCUGGUUUGGAACAGGAAAACAACAUCCACAUUUGCAAGAAUGAAAGGCAUUUUGGGAUGUACAUAGCGUUUAUAGAAGCUCAAAGCCAUUCAGGAGGGGUCUGGAUUGUUAUACAGGAUGGUUGUGUACUGGCCUUUAUGUUAGUGCAGAAUGUUAGUGACUCUUUCUCAUUGUGACUGUUUAUUGCAACAUCUUUGUACUUUUGGAGGCAAUAUUAAACGGUUUUGUUAAGAGCAGCUGGGUUGCGGCGCAGAAAAAAAGAGUUCCCUGCUUCCAGUUGCGACCAAGCGACAAAGAUGAGUGAUGUGGUGGGAGGGGUUAAGUUUUCUGUUAGGGUGUCGGAGUUGAUGCAGCUCUCUUCUCUUCAUCUCUUUGCAAAUGUCAACCUCUUCUCUCUCACGUCUCACAAACUCUCUUCUCAGUUCUCUCUCAAGUCUUUGCAGAUUAAUAUUCAUGAUGCAUGUAGCUCAAACCUUCACCUCUUUGGCCAUUUUGAAGAACAAUAUGAUGGACUGAACUAGAAACAGUUGAAGAAUUAAUCUUCCUGUCUCUUAAAGCUAUAUAUUAAGGCUAUGGUUCUUCACACACUCAUGCUCAAUUUGGGUAACUUUUUCCGAAGCGGGCAAAUACAUAGUUAGUGUUCUAAUGGUUGUUACUUGUAUGUAUUCCUGUCUUUCUUGCAGAUUGUUAAUAUUCGAAUAUUGUUGCUCAUUGUUGUGCUUUUGAUUAAACUGUUACCCUUUCUUAUUAACACCAGGUGCAUAGCCCGGUUGUGAAAGCAUAGAACACCUCAACCUGGGGUAAAUCCAAACUAAAUAAGUUUUGUUUUCUUUUAUUUCAA